UAUUGUCUGCACAGUCAUAAACAGCACGACGUCGACGCCAUAUUAUUGACUUUGCGCUCAACCUUCGGUAUGCAUGAAAUUACGAUAUAAUGUUGCCUCCUGACUGGUGAUAAUCGAUAAAGGAAAGAGUAUUUGGUAUGAAACAGCCAUAAAAUUUAUGGAGUGAGUAUUGCGAAGUUGCUGUCGCCUAAUUUGCCCGCCUCAGAGACUUUGACAUGUUCACCUCUGGGGAACGUUCUCGCGAAAAUUGAAAUGCACGUGACCGGUUCAGUGCAAGUUGGAAAUUUUUUGGAACCAGAAAAUUAAAAAAAAAAAAAAGGAACCAACUGCAGCAAGCACAUCUGUUUAACCUAUACAAAAGCAAAUGGCAUCCUUCAGCAUAGAGCGACCAUUUGGUGUUUACCUUUGGGAUUACUUUAGUCAAGCAUAUGAACUCGUGACUGGAAAGCCAGCAUCUACUUUCGCUUUCAUCCAAGGUGUCACUCCGCUCUCCACCAACAAUGAAGUCCUUAUUGCUUGCAUUACCUACCUCGUUGUUAUUUUUGGAGGACAGUUCUUCAUGAAGGAAUUGCCCGCGUUCAAGUUCAAAGUCUUGUUCCAGAUUCACAACAUACUCUUGACCGCCGUUUCUUUCAUCUUGUUGGUUCUGUUGAUUGAGGAAUUGGUCCCAAUUGUUGCUAAGCAUGGUAUUUUCUUCGCCAUCUGCUCUCCCCAAGCUUGGACUCAAAAGCUCGAGUUGCUCUACUACCUCAACUACUUGGUCAAGUAUUGGGAACUGUUUGACACUGUCUUCCUUGUUGUUAAGAAGAAGAAGCUUGAAUUCCUCCACUGGUUCCACCACAGCAUGACUGCCCUUCUCUGCUACACUCAGCUUGUUGGCUCUACCUCCGUUUCCUGGGUUCCCAUUGUUUUGAACUUGACUGUUCAUGUCCUUAUGUAUUGGUACUAUUUCCGUACUGCUGGUGGCGCUAGAAUUUGGUGGAAGAAGUAUCUUACUACUAUGCAAAUUAUCCAAUUUGUCAUCGAUCUUUUCGUCAUCUACUUCUGCACUUACACUCACUUCGCCUAUGCCUACUCUGCUCUCCCUACCUUUGGUGACUGUGCUGGUUCUGAGAACGCCGCUUUCUUCGGUUGCGCUUUGCUCAGCAGCUACCUCUUGCUUUUCAUUAACUUCUACGCAAAGACCUACAAGAAGGGUGCCGCUGCUAAGAAGGCCGAGGCCAAAUCCAAUGGUUCUAGCAAGAAGGGCGGAAAGAGCAAGAAGCUUUAAAUGCUCUACAACGGCUCGAGUACUCCAUUGUGUCUCUCCGCACACACAUAAUGAUCUGUCACCAUCAAAGUGGAUUUCGACAAGUAAAUGAGUGGAGCUCGACAUAGACUUUCUUAAGAAAAAAUAGAGAUGCCAAAUGAUAUUUACUUUAGACACAGACUUCUAAACAAAAUGUUGCAUUAAACAAAAAGUUAAUAAUGGCUGCUGAUGUAUAUCA